AUGGAUACUCUACGCACUUUAGAAUUGAUCCAAAGCGAUACCAAAGAAUCAUUUGAUCAUUUCUUGACCUGGCGCGUGGCUACUUUGUCCGAUUGUGAAUCAAUAUCGACGUUAGUGCAUAGCGGCUACCGUGCUGAAGCAUCUCAUCAAGGUUGGACCACCGAAGAUGCAUUAGUUGGUGGAAACAGAACAGAUCCAGAUUUACUUGCCGACAUAAUUCAGAGUAAAGACAAUAUAAUAUUGCUAUUCUUUGGUGAAAGCGAGAACAUUCUAAUUGGAUGUGUUCAUCUUCAAUAUGAAUCAGAACUAAGACGAGCUUGGUUGGGUAUGUUCACCGUCAGACCAGAUCGACAAGGGCGAGGCUAUGGAAAACAAAUCUUAUCGACGGCAGAAACCUAUGCUCAGGAUACGUGGCGCGCUGAAUUCAUGGAUAUGAGAGUGAUUGUGCAAAGGCCAGAAUUGAUUGCAUUUUACAACCGCCACGGCUAUCUUGAUACAAAUCAACGUCAAGCGUUUCCACCGGACAAUCCCCGACUUGGAAUUGCCAAAAGAAAGGGUCUAGAAAUAUGUGUUUUGAGAAAAGGUUUGAAACUAUCCGAAAAAAAAACAGAUUUGAAUACAUAA